AUGGCUCCAAGAAUCUCUCUUGCACUCUUCCUUUCCCUGAACCUCCUCUUUUUCACUUACACUUCUGCUCAAGGCUCUUGUCCUAAAGAUUCCCUGCAGAUCAGUCUAUGCGCUAAUGUUCUCAAUGUAGUUGAACUAACAUUGGGAAACCGAUCUGUACCGCCAUGCUGCUCACUCAUUCAUGGCUUGGUUGACCUUGAGGCUGCAGCCUGUCUUUGUAGCGCACUCAAAGUUGACAUUCCUGGCAUCACCUCAAUUAACCUUCCCAUCUUUCUCAACGUACUCCUCAAUGUUUGUGGCCGACCAACUCCAACAUCUUACCAUUGCGUCUAUUGAAUACUUCAGACAUAUAAAGACAUACCUAAAGGACAGAAAUAUCGUAUGGUUUCAAAGUCUUGAACUUAUUGCGUAGUUUUCUUGUUUCUUAUAAUCAGUGAUUGCUUUUGUGAUUUUCUUGGGUUGAAUAAAAUGAUGAACGUCACGUUCUCAUGCAACAAUGUAUUAUGGGGGUUGUGUGUGUAAUCUGCAAGUUCUUUCCCCUUUUGCUUCAUUUGUUUAAUGGCCCUUUUGCUUCA